CGCCGUCAGCACACGUUCACGUGUACAAUCACAUCGCGAAAAUUACUUUCAGUGAAGUCCAGCUGUAACAUGGCCAGCACGGAUGUACUGGCGAGCAGGUUCUUCUCAUAUGACAAGAUGUACAGCCAUGAUUUACGUGAGGAAAGCUUUUCAGACUGGCCUUUUAGAGAGGAAUGUAACUGCACACCUGAGAAGAUGGCCAAGGCUGGUUUUGUCCACUGCCCCAGUGAGAAUGAGCCCGAUGUUGCCUGCUGUUUCUUCUGUCUCAUUGAACUUGAGGGCUGGGAGCCACAGGACGAUCCCUGGUUAGUAAAGUCUGAGCAUGUGAAACGCUCCCCUUACUGCGGCUUCUUAAACCUGAGCAAGGACUUCACCGAGCUGACUGUGGCAGAGUUCUAUCACAUGGAAAAGGAGAGGCUGAAGAUCUACAUCAGAAAGGUUUUUCAUAAGAAGAUGGCAUAUUUCCGGGAUGAAAUAGACCUUACGGUUGAGAGGCUUAAAUCUCAGUUGGACUCAUAAACACCAGAUAUUUGAUUUCAAUCAUAUUGUGAUUUUAUUGGCACACUGAUCUUAAGGGUGUUGCACGAGCCUAUACUCUUAAUUAGUAUUUAUGGCAGUUUAAGAUAUCAAUAAAGGAAUAUUACUCUUU